GCAACGGCGAAUGAUGUACCACCACCAUUCCAAGUGCAAGGGUCUUUUUAUCGAUGAUUUGAAGCAUCAAAGUAGCGGUUUGUCCUGUAAUAUACUGUUCAUCAUUUUAUUACUGUAUACUAUAUCUGUGUAUUAUUCCUGUUGUUACUUUGUGAAAAAAUGCCAUUAUCAUCAUCAUCAUCAUCAUCAUCAUCAUCAUCAUCAUCAUCAUCACCAUCAUCAUCAUCAUCUGUAAGCUCAGAUUCGGAAUUCACAGCAGAAAGUAGCGGAAGUGAAAGUAUAUCAGAUCAUCAAGGAACUAUUACGGUUGAUCUAACCGCACGACAAGAAUCAACAAAAAGCAGUGGAAUCAGUAGCAUAGGAAAGAAGUUCGAAGAAGGCAACGAUGGGGAAAUGUCAUCAACUGGAAGCUCAAAGAGUGAUUCGGAUACGAAGGAUGGUGAAAGUGAUGCUUCCGGUUCGAAAAAUAGUGAAAAUGGUGAUUACUGUGUUAAUGAACCGAAAAGUGAUUCAGUAUUCAGUGCUGAAAGUGGUGAUGGAGAGGUUGGUACGGUAAAAAAGAAACGUGGUGUCAGAAUUACAGAUGAAACACGAAAGUUUCUGGAAGAUGAGAAUAUAUUGCGACGAUCUUCAAGGCAGCGUAAGGAGACAACUGGUUCAAAUACAGAGAAGGGGACAAACGAAACAGUAAAAAAAUCCGGUAAAAGGAAAUUGCCUAAAUCCGAAGAGGAUGAAACUAGUGGCGGUGAAUCAUCGUCGGGAAUUACAAUGUCACAAAAGGUGCGUCAAAAACCAAGGAAAUUGCAAGCAAAGAAGCGGCCUCGGAAACGUGGUAUAAGUUCUGAUGAUGAUUCGGGAGGAGUACGUACUACACGUCGGAGCAAAGUUGAUGGUGAAAAAAAUCGCAUCAAUUAUCGGGAUAUUAGUUCGGACGAGGAGAUCAAUUCUGAUGAUGUGUUAGAAUGGGAUGAAGGUGAUAAAGUAGAAGGUGGUGGUUCAGGAGAUCAUAAUACUUUGGGCAGUGAAACGAUCGAAAAGGUAUUACGUCAUCGAGCAGGAUAUCCAGGAGCAACCGGAGCACCGACAACAUGCUACAAUGUAGAGGAUAAAGGUGAUCCGAAUGUUAAACUAGCAGAAAACGGAGGUGAAAUAGAAUUGGAACGCCAGUAUUUAAUCAAAUGGUUAGGCUGGUCACAUCUUCAUAAUACAUGGGAAUCGGAAAAUAGCUUAAAGUUAUGUAAUGCCAAAGGGUUGAAGAAAAUCGAUAAUUAUAUGAAACGUUUAAGAGAUAUCGAAGAAUGGAAACUUACUGCAGAUAAAGAAUAUAUCGAAUUUUUCGACUGUGAGCAGCAGAUGAAUGAUGAGCUUAAUGAACAAUAUAAGGUUAUUGAACGAGUAAUAGCUCAUCAGAUAUCGCGUGGUCAGGGAGAAAGCGAAGGAAUGGAAUAUUUUGUAAAAUGGUGUGGCUUACCAUAUUCUGAAUGCACAUGGGAAGAGGAACACUUGAUCGCACGACAAUUUCAAGAUAAAAUUGAUGCAUAUUAUGAUCGACGUGAUAAUGGAAAAAUACCGAAUAAACAUUGUCCGGCUUUAAGGAAGCGCCCAAAAUUUGAAAAGCUGAAUAAUAUCCCAAAUUUCCUUCAACGGAAGGAUGAUCCAGAGCAUGAACUACGCGAUUAUCAGCUGGAAGGAGUGAAUUGGAUGCUACAUGCUUGGACAAAGGAGAAUAGUUGCAUACUUGCGGAUGAAAUGGGUUUGGGUAAAACAAUUCAAAGCAUUAGUUUUCUUUCGGUACUCUAUCAUAAAUAUCAAUUGUAUGGAACAUUUCUGGUUGUAGUACCAUUAAGUACAAUAGCUUCCUGGCAACGUGAAUUCGAAACUUGGGCACCAGAUCUUAAUGUUGUUACUUAUGUUGGUGAUAUUACGAGCCGUGAUCUGAUAAGACAAUUCGAAUUAUACGUGCAGAGCACAAAACGCCUAAAAGUGAAUGUCGUCUUAACUACGUACGAAAUCCUUCUGAAAGAUAAGUUCUUUCUUGGAUCAUUUGAGUGGACUGUAUUAACCGUUGAUGAAGCGCACCGUUUAAAGAAUGAUGAAUCACUGUUAUAUCGUUCGUUGUUCGAAUUUACAACAAAUCAUCGAUUAUUGGUGACCGGAACACCACUUCAAAAUUCACUGAAAGAACUCUGGGCCUUGCUGCACUUUAUUAUGCCUGAAAAAUUUGAUAGUUGGCCAGAAUUUGAAGCGGAACAUCACGACUCGGAUCAUAAGACAAUUGCAUCGUUACAUCGAAAACUCCAGCCAUUUUUGUUAAGACGUGUAAAAAAGGAUGUGGAAAAGUCACUACCAGCUAAGGUUGAGCAAAUUCUACGUGUGGAUAUGACUGCCCAACAAAAACAGUAUUAUAAAUGGAUUUUAACCAAAAAUUACAAGGAGCUCUCAAAAGGUGUAAAAGGAUCCAUUAAUGGGUUUGUGAACUUGGUUAUGGAACUGAAAAAAUGUUGCAAUCACUCGUCACUUGUUCGGUCAUAUGAUCAACCCGAGGAAGGUGCGGAUGCUCGAUUACAGCAACUGUUGAAGUCUUCCGGAAAAUUGAUUUUAUUGGACAAAUUGUUAUGUCGUUUGCAAGAAACUGGACAUCGGGUACUGAUUUUUUCACAGAUGGUAAUGAUGCUUGAUAUCAUGCAAGAAUAUCUUCAGCUUCGGCGUUUUCCUUCACAAAGAUUGGAUGGAUCGAUGCGUUCAGAUCUUCGAAAGGCAGCUUUAGAUCAUUUCAAUGCUCCAAAUUCUCCUGAUUUUUGCUUUUUGCUUUCAACCCGAGCUGGUGGCCUUGGAAUAAAUCUGGCCACUGCAGAUACGGUGAUUAUUUUCGAUUCAGAUUGGAAUCCACAAAAUGAUCUCCAAGCAAUGAGUCGUGCACAUAGAAUUGGCCAGAAAAAACAGGUAAAUAUAUAUCGUUUGGUAACAAAGGCAUCGGUAGAAGAGGAAAUUGUGGAAAGGGCAAAGAGGAAGCUAGUCUUGGAUCACCUUAUUAUUCAGAGGAUGGAUACAACUGGUCGAACGGUACUUUCGAAAACUAGCGCGACAAAUGGCACGAUGCCAUUUGACAAACAAGAUCUGGCAAUGAUUCUGAAAUUUGGUGCCGAAGAGCUUUUUAAAGAAAAAGAAGGUGAAGAGCAAGAACCGGAAGUUGAUAUUGAUAAUAUUUUGCAAGGUGCGGAAACUCGAGAAUGUGAUCAACAGAAUUGUGGCAGUGAACUGUUGAAUGCAUUCCGUUAUGCAGAUUUUUCAUUUGAUGAGAAUAAAGAUGUACCAACAUUGAACGUAGCAACAGCAGCAGCAGUUCAUAUGGAACUAAAUCAGGAAGAUUUGGCCGAAUCGAAAUCAUGGGAUGAAAUUAUUCCAGAAGUUCAUCGCAAGAAAUUUGCUGAUGAAGAACGUGAACGAGCCGAAAAAGAGCUUUUCCUCGGACCAAGACAGAGGACAAAGAUUCCUGAGGUAGCUGCAGAAGCUGGUGAUAGUGAUGAGGAUGAGAAGAAGAAAAAAGGCGAAAACGUGGUCAGGAUUCACCAUUAA